UUCAUCUCAAUCAUGCUGGAAUGUUGUAAUUGCUGUGUUGUAGUUGUUGCUAUGGUGAUGUCAGUCAGAAUGGCUCCUCCUCUUCCUGUGAUCUUUCUCCUCAUGAUUCACAAUGUUUUCAGUGCUGGUUGGGGUGUGAGUUACAGUCCUUCACACAUCUGUGCACUAAAGACCUCAUCAGUGAUAAUGAGCUGCACUUAUACAUACCCUACUGGACAUAAGAUCAAGAAAGUGUUCUGGACCAAAAACCCUGUAAAGGCUGAAGAGCCUCCAGAUCUGUCUGAUGAUCCUGAAUACAGUCAGAGGCUUCAGUAUCUGGGAGACAAACAGCAGAACUGCACCAUCAGACUGAGUCAUGUGACACAGAAGGACCAACACAUGUACUAUUUCAGAUUCAUCUCUGAUAAACCUGAUGGAAAAUGGACUGGUUAUCCAGGAGUGACUCUUACUGUCACAGAUCUUCAGGUGGAGGCUCCUGAGAGAGUGACAGAGGGUCAUAAUGUCCGUCUGACAUGUAAAAGCAGCUGCACUCUGACUGACAGAGCAACAUUCAUCUGGUACAGAAACUCACAGCCAUUAACUGAGAGAAGAGACAGAAACAAUCAACUCCUGCUGCAGUCAGUCAGAAGAGAGGAUGCAGGCAGAUACAGCUGUGCUCUACAUGGACACACUUACAUCUCUCCUGCUGCUCAGCUCAAUGUCACCUAUCCUCCCAGGAAUGUCUCAGUGUCUAUAACUGGAUCAGGUGUAAUAUUGGAGGGAGAUUCAGUGACUCUGAUCUGCAGCAGUGAUUCAAACCCUCCUGCUCUGAACUUCAGCUGGUUUAAGGAGAAUCAAAGCUCAGCUGUUGGAUCUGGACAGAGUUUCAGUGCACUACAGAGUGGACGCUACUACUGUGAGGCUCACAAUCAACAUGGAUCUCAGAGAUCAGACGCUGUUACUGUCACUGUUAAAGGUGGACAUAAUAGAGUCCUGUACACAGCUGUAGUGAUUGCAGUCGGAUGUGGAGUUUUAUUUCUUAUCUGCAUCAUCAUGUUCAUGAGGAAGAGACAAGGAAGUGCAGUGUCAGACGCAAGGCAGAUUCAGCUUCACCUGCCUUCCAGCUCAGACAGAAACCACUUUGAUGACGGUCUGUAUGACAGAGUUUCUGCCAACAGAUCAGAUCAGACCGCAGGACAGACAAAUUACUCAAACAUCCAACACAUCAGAAACAAUGAAAGCGAUUAUGAGAAUCUGAGAAUGGACCAUCCUGAUUCAGCGGUGGGGUGAGAAACUACAUAGAAUUGAAACAUUUUCUCUUUUUUAUUUUAUAUAUAUAUAUAAAACAAUUUGCAUGAUCCCUCUGAACUGACUGAACUUUGAUGAGCUCCUGAAUGACUUGUUUUGGCUCUCAAUCAGUUUAGAAAAAAGCUCGUUCUCCCUUCAUAUUUGAUUAUGUCGUUCCACAGAUCCGUUGUGAUGAUGGAUAAAUCAGUGAUUUACAGCACAGUCUAUGAUCCAGGACCUGCCCAAUGGAUUGUAAAUUAAGCUGAAUGUAAACACACCUCAGUUACUGCAGCUUUAAAUCAAAUGU